UAAAUAACGUGUAGAUUGAUUUCAGAAUGCAAACAUUAAACACAAAUGAAUCUCUUAAUUGUGGGAAUCCCACCAAUGCCUCAAACUGAUCUCUUUUCAUGCUUGGUGUUUCUUCUCUUGCUUUUUGUGAGUGUUUCAUCUUCGGCUGCUGUUGUUGCGUCUUCAAACGAUGAAGGCAACGGCCUGCUGACAUGGAAGUCUACGUUUCAGAACAAAAAUAACCCACUCCUGGUUUCAUGGAAAAACGCUUCCCAAAAUGGUAGCCGCCCUUGUGAAGAUAAAUGGGCUGGAAUUCAAUGUGUUAAUGGAAGAGUCAACCGGUUGAACUUGUCGGAGUUAGGAAUCAAUGGUACUCUCAAGAGCUUCCCCUUUAAAUCUCUCUCAAAUCUAGAAUAUUUCGAAAUCAGUUUAAAUAACAUCUCAGGAAACAUACCACCCCAAAUUGGCAAUCUGUCCAAACUCAUCUACCUGGACAUGUCGGCCAAUUAUUUGUCUGGAGGAAUCCCUCCCCAGAUUGGCCUUUUAAACAGACUCCAGACCCUUCAUCUGAAUGAAAAUUCUUUAGGGGGUCAUAUUCCCGAUGAAAUCGGCAACUUGACUUCUCUUGUUGAGCUUGCUUUGUAUAUAAAUAACAUAGGCGGAGCAAUACCUGCUACGCUUGGCAUGUUGAACAGCUUGAACUCUUUGUAUCUCUAUGAAACCUCUCUUUCUGGAGCUCUUCCUCCCGAGCUCGGGAAAAUUGCCAAUCUUUCUCUUCUUUACGUGGACACUAACAAGCUAGAGGGGCCCAUCCCCCCGGAGCUCGGAAACCUCUCACAACUACAGGUGCUGUAUAUGUUCGACAAUAAUUUGAACGGUCAAAUCCCAUCUUCGUUAGGACGACUAAAUUCACUCUUGGAACUCAGCUUGUUCGGGAAUAAUUUGACCGGUCCAAUCCCAUCUUCGUUGGGUCAACUCGAGAACCUCUCCCUCCUCCACCUUUAUGACAACAACCUGAGCGGCGCCAUACCACUAGAGUUUGGAAAUCUAACGAACCUCAAGGAUCUUGCAGUGAGCAACAAUCAGCUCACCGGCGAAAUCCCAACUUCCUUCGCCAAACUAAAGAAUUUGGAAUAUUUGUAUCUGGAUAGUAACCAUCUUUCCGGUCCCAUUCCACGUGACGUCUUAGGUGCACUGCAAAAACUGACCGAACUCCAAAUGGAUAUCAACCGAUUCAAUGGAUCUAUACCAGAUACUAUAUGCAAAGGUGGGAAAAUCGAGCAUCUCACGUUGAGUAACAACAGUCUCUCUGGGCCUAUUCCAACCAGCAUGCAAAGCUGCUCGAGCCUACACCGUCUUCGUUUGGACAACAAUCGGCUCACCGGAAACCUCUCUGGCUUCUUUGGCAUCUAUACCAAUUUAGCGUAUAUGAACGUGAGCCACAACCUACUUCAAGGAGAACUUCCUCAACUUCCCCACCCGGAAUCUUUCAAGUCUUUAAACGCUCUCGAUUUCUCAUACAAUAACUUGACUGGAGAAAUACCCUCAUCUCUGGGAAGUUUACCAAACUUGACCGCCCUGAGCAUGAGCCACAACUCUCUCAAUGGAAAAAUCCCAUCUUCCUUCAGAAAUAUUAUGAAUUGGUUUCACGUUGACUUAUCGUACAACAAUCUAACAUGUGAGAUUCCGAACACCCCAGCUUUCAAGAAUGCCACACUCAAGGGAAAUAAUAUAUGUUUGUGUGGUGAUAAUAGGGACAUCAAUCCUUGUGGCGAUAACAAUGGAACGGGUUGCAACCGGUGUUAGAACUCAUAAAGCCGGCCAAGAAGGAAGAAUACUACUAUAUUUAGCUUACUUGUUUGAAAGUGGUCUUAUGUGUUAAGCUUUUAUAUAUGUGUGCACCAUAGUAUUCACAAUAUUUCAGCUCGUGUACUUCAUCUUUUUUCUUUUUGGGCAAUAAAUUUGGGCUAUACAGAUAUGGCUCGCUCAUUGUUUUCAAGUUAAGAAAUUGACAUUUAUGUCUUAAUUAUACUACGUACAUCUUUCAUUAUUGUGCAAAUCAGAGUCUUUUC